AUGGCAUAUCGAAAUGAAAAUGGUUUUAUUCGUCCAACAAACACGACGGUAACAGCAACCACGACUGGAACAACUACAGGAGAUAAUGAUCGAAGUCUUUUGGAUAAACGUGCUAUUCAAGAAUUAAUUAAACAAGUUGAUCCAAUGAUGCAAAUAGAUGAAGAAGUUGAAGACAUGUUAAUUCAAAUAGCAGAAGAAUUUGUUGAUUCAACAUUAACUGCUUCAUGUCAAAAUGCCAAACAUAGAAAAUCAAAUACUGUUGAAACAAAAGAUGUACAAUUGUAUCUUGAACGAACAUAUAGUAUGUGGAUUCCAGGUUUUGGUACAGAAGAUCCAAAACAAUAUAAAAAAAUUUUAACAAAUGAUGCACUUAAGGCAUUUUUAAAAGCUCCAUAUGUAUCGUCAACAGCAAAUGCUAAAUCAUCAAAUGCAAAACAACAACCUCUUUUUUCAUGGAUCAAAAAUCGUAACAAAUCAAAUUCUAUUCGAUCAAACUUUUCAUUAUGUUCUUUAAAAACAUUUAUAAAUUGUAUAACUUGUUUUGGUGGUGGAAUUUUUCUUGGUAUAUGUUUACUUGAUUUAUUACCCGAAGUUAUUCAUCAUGUUGAUACAACAAUUAAAAAUGAAUUUCAAUAUGAUAAUCAAACAUUGAGACAUUAUCCAAUUGCUGAAUUCUUAAUUGGUUGUGGAAUUUUUUUAGUUUUAUCUAUUGAACAAAUAAUUUUAUCAUUUCGUACAGUUUCAAUACAUUCAAUAGCACAUAUGAAUAAAAAACCACCAAUAAUAAUGUCACAUGAAGAUGAUGAAACAUCAUUAACAACUAUAGAUGAUCACGAUCCAUUAAUGAAUAAGAAUUUAACUAUUGAACAUCAUUUUGAAAUAAGUGAACAUAAAGAUGAUAUAGUAACAAAUAAAAAUCGCUUAUUAAUAACAAGAAAUUUUAUUUUAGUAUUUUCUUUAAUUAUUCAUUCAAUAUUUGAAGGUAUUACACUUGCUUCAACUAAUGAAUAUAAUACAUUUAUUGAAUUAUUUGUGGCUAUUAUUAUUCAUAAAUCAAUAAUUUCAUUUAGUGUUGGAUUAAAAUUAAUGUAUAUGAAAAAUAAACGUUUAGUUUAUUUUGGUUGUUUUUUAAUUUCAAUUGCAACACCUAUUGGAAUGUAUUUUGUAAUUAGUAUGCAAGAAUUAUUACCAGAAAAUCGUACAGCAAAAAUAUUUAAUGAAAUUUUACGUGCAUUUGCAUGUGGAACAUUUUUUUAUAUUACAUUUUUUGAUGUUUUACCAAAUGAAUUAAAUAUGUCUACGAAUCAUCGACAUAAUUCAUCAAAUAUUCCAAAUCGGUGUCGUAUUGUAAAAGUUAUUUGUGUAUUUAUUGGCUUUAGUUUUAUUGGCUUAUUAUCGUUUGUGAUGAAAUAA